UGUCGUGUUUGUGUUGAAGCCAACAGGCACAAUAUAUUACAGUCUAGGGCUCGCUGCUGAAAAGCCUGCUGGAUCUUCCAGUGACCUGCUGUUCUUUCCUGCUUUCCUGUGUGUGUUUUUUCUUCCUCUCUAGAUUUAGAUUAAAAACAAAGCCCGUUCCUCCUUCUCCUUGCCUUUUUAGACCUCAGCAAAGAAGCCCUGUAGUUUUGAGGUACUGUUACAAGCUUGGAAGACUCGAAUGGAGAUACGUGUUUGUUUUUGUAGCUUGUUGGGGACAUUUGCAGAAGGACAGGACCGGGGACAGCUGGACGUGAUUCUUCGGAAUUCCCUGCUCUCCUGAGCUGUCGGACUGAGAGCCGGACAGUAACGGAGUGGGACGUCAGGGAAUUCUUGGGGGAAGUGUGAGUAAGGGGAUCUGUUUUAGGAAGACCCCUCGUCGGAUGCACUGACAGCCUUCUGCGGCUCGGAAAGGACAGAGCCGGGUUCCCGAGCUCGAUUCGGGGCUCUGUCCCCUGGUGGAGGGGGGACGCAGGAGUACGGAGGGUCAGCGCGUUGACCGUCAAACCGAUAGCCGGCAUCCCUCCGGUGACCAUGUACCCGCAGGGCAGACACCCGGUACCUCUGCAGCCUGGACAGUCAUUCAAGUUCACGGUGCUGGAGACUCUGGACCGCAUUAAAGAGGAGUUCCAGUUCCUUCAGGCUCAGUACCACAGCCUCAAACUAGAGUGUGAGAAGUUGGCCAGCGAGAAGACGGAGAUGCAGCGCCACUAUAUCAUGUACUAUGAGAUGUCCUACGGGCUCAACAUUGAGAUGCACAAACAGGCGGAGAUCGUGAAGCGACUCAGUGCUAUCUGUGCUCAAAUCAUCCCUUUCCUCUCUCAGGAGCAUCAACAGCAGGUUGUUCAGGCGGUGGAACGUGCCAAACAGGUCACCAUGGCAGAGCUCAACGCCAUCAUAGGGCAGCAGCAGCUCCAGCACCUGUCUCACCACACUCCAGGUAUUCCUCUCACUCCUCACCCUUCAGGUCUGUCUCUGGGUGGCACGUCAGGGCUGCUGGCCCUCACCGGGGCUCUGGGGGUCUCCGCCCACCUGGCUAACAAGGACGAACGCAACCACCUAGACCCCGAGCACCUGCGAGAGGGUGCGCCCAGCAGGAGUAAAUCAGUGUCGUCAACUGACAGUCAGGCAGCGGAGGAUCGUCAGGGGCCGUCAGGGGUUUAUCCCUCACAGGCCAGCAACGAUGCCAAACGGAGACGGUGUGACGAAAAAGACAUCCUCCAGUCUCACUACGACAGUGAUGGAGACAAGAGCGAGGACAAUCUUGUAGUAGAUGUCUCAAAUGAGGAGCCUUCCUCUCCCGUAGGCAGUGCCCCUCUUUCUCCACAUGGGAAUGGUUUGGAUCGAGCCCCAACCCUGAGAAAAGAGCUCCCAGGAUCCCCCAGUCCCCCUCCGGCCUCCCCUCCACACAGCCCACCCCCUGGCAAAAACAAGGACACGGCACAAACAGAAAAAUCUCAGUCGCCUUCCUCUAAAUCAGGCAACUCCUCUCCCUCUCACCAUGACCCACUCACCCCUGGUCCACCUGGCCCACCGGGUCCCAGCACGUCCUGUUUACGCCUGGUCAACAAACCUGCCUCCUCGGCAGACCCUCUGGCUCUGCGCAGUCCCUUGACCAUGACGCCCGGUUCCUACCCGGCUCACUUUGGAGUGGUGUCCCACGCAGGGCUUAAUGGAGAGCUUGCCAGCCCGGGCGGGUUCGGAGGCUCGCUCACCCUCUCGCCUCAAAUCAGUGCUGCAGCCAGUGCCUACACACGCAGCCCUAUGGUAGCGUACGAAUCUCGUUCACAUCUUAGGCCCUCAGGGCUGUCCUCCUCUCUGCCUGGCUCCACCGGUGGCAAGCCGGCUUACUCGUUCCACGUAAGCGCAGAUGGUCAAAUGCAGCCGGUGCCCUUUCCUCCUGACGCCCUCCUCGGCCCUGGCAUCCCACGUCACGCCCGUCAGAUCCACACUCUCAGUCAUGGAGAGGUGGUGUGUGCGGUGACCAUCAGCACCUCCACACGUCACGUCUACACCGGCGGGAAAGGCUGCGUCAAAGUGUGGGACAUCAGCCAACCGGGCAGCAAGAGCCCGAUGGCUCAACUGGACUGUUUGAAUCGAGACAACUACAUCCGCUCAUGUAAGAUCCUCCCAGAUGGGCGGACCUUAAUAGUCGGGGGCGAGGCCAGCACGCUAUCUAUCUGGGACUUGGCCACGCCCACUCCACGCAUCAAGGCUGAAUUGACGUCCUCGGCUCCGGCCUGCUACGCUCUAGCGAUCAGUCCCGAUAACAAGGUUUGCUUCUCCUGUUGCAGUGAUGGAAACAUCGUGGUCUGGGAUCUGCACAACCAAACGCUCGUCAGGCAGUUCCAAGGUCACACGGAUGGAGCCAGUUGUAUUGAUAUUUCCAACGACGGGACCAAACUGUGGACGGGGGGUCUGGAUAAUACAGUACGCUGCUGGGACCUGAGAGAGGGCCGACAGCUGCAGCAGCAUGACUUCACCUCACAGAUCUUUUCACUGGGUUACUGUCCUACGGGCGAGUGGCUUGCGGUGGGAAUGGAGAGCAGUAAUGUAGAAGUGCUGCACGUCUCCAAACCAGACAAAUACCAGCUGCACCUUCACGAAAGCUGCGUUCUCUCACUCAAGUUCGCCUACUGUGGGAAGUGGUUCGUAAGCACAGGAAAGGACAAUCUGCUCAAUGCAUGGAGGACGCCGUAUGGAGCCAGUAUUUUCCAGUCAAAGGAGUCCUCGUCCGUCCUUAGCUGUGACGUGUCCCCAGACGACAAGUAUAUUGUAACUGGUUCUGGGGAUAAGAAAGCAACGGUGUACGAAGUGGUGUACUGAACACGACGGACGAACGGAUGGAUGAACAAAGAGCGGCAAGCAUGAAACAAUCAUGGAUGGCAUGGCGGGCAACCAUAGCUCUUCUAUUUGAAGUCCUAGUCACAACCAUUUAAGAGACAGAAUAUCAUACUUUUUAUUUUCGAUGGUUAGGAGCAUUUUUGUGACAUUACUGGAUAACGACAACUUUGUUUCUUAACGUUCUUUUAAAAAAUAAAAUUAGUAUGUAGUACACAGUAUGUACUGCGAAGUAUGCAGUAUGCUAGUAUUCCGUUACGAACAUAGCGAGUGAGUGGGGAGGAGUUAAUUAGAACAGUCUCCAAGCUAAAAGAGAAAGCCCCACAGACAGCAGGUAUUUAGGGAGCUUCUACUUACAGAAACACCAAAACCAGACAAUCAUUUCAUUAGUCGCAAACUCGCUCCAUAAAGAGAGCACUACAUCUUUCCUCCAAUGAGAGAAGACAGUUUUGAAGCUCCUGGCUCACGCUGGAGCUUCUCUGGAUGAACACGAUAUGGGCGUACAAACAAUUCUCCACUCGCCUAUCCAACCCAAUUAGACAUUCAUGUGGCAAAUCCCAGUCGAAUUCUCCAACCUGCAUUUAAUUUCCUCCUUCCACAAGUCAGUGUCUAAUGAGGAGCAAGGGUAAAUCAUGCAGGAUUCGUGCGGCAAAUAUUCACAACCACGGCCGUUCGGUUUUAAUUCCUGUGGAUUAUCAUACAGAUGUUGCGCUCAUUUGUGGUUUAAUGCUCAUUUUCAUGUCAUUAAUUAUCUUUUAGCUUUGCAUGGGGAAAUCUUUUCAUGAUUGUUUCGACUUCAGUAAGAUGACGCAAAUAGCGAAAUAUUCAAAAAUGUCAUCAAAAAGUGUAAGAAUUGUUCAAAUGUAUCAAGUAAUGUGACGAUUAAUGCGGAACAAUUACAAAAAUAGAUUCCAAAAAAGAAAUCACGUAAUUAAUCAACACAGCACGGAACUGAGUCUUUAUGAAGAUAAAGUUAUUUUAAUUUGAGGAUUGCAAAUAUUGCUAUAUCAGUAUCAGGGAUGUCAUGCAAUUAAUUUGAAUGCAUUUUUUAAUUAAUUAAAAAAAAUCUGAGAGGUCCUAAAACAGAGCCCUGAUGCACACCAUCAAUACGAAGAGCUGUGGUUGCCAACCUGGCCAGGAAUGUUCAAGGAAAUAAACUCCAGGAUUCAUCACAUUCAUCACAUGCACCAAACAUCCUGCUGGGAACAGAUUUUUUUUAAUUACAGUUUUGUUUUGUUCACUUUACUUUUGAUCUUUUCUCAGCACUCAGAAAAUGGUUGGAUGCGUCAAGCCAUUUUUUGCUUGUAAACAGAAGGAAUUGUAUCAUUAGGUUCUUUCUCUUUUGUAUGGCAAUAGUAAGCAGUGUUACUACAGUGUUUUGAUCAGUCUGUUUAUUACGCAGAAACUGCGGUGUGUUUAUUUUUUCUUUUUCGAAUAGCUGAAAAUAUGGCUGCCUGCGAACAGUGGCAUUUGUCCGUUUCAAGACAAGACCGGCUCUGCUGCACGAUCUGUCUUUGACAUCAUGCUAUCUGAGUAUCUGUAUCUAUCUACCCUUAUAUAAUGCAUUAUGUUUGUAUACUGAGAACAAUGUUCACCAUCACGAUUUUGUUAAAGACGCUCUCUCUCGAAAGCCAAGGAACUUUUUCGAAGGCAUCGCUGUGAUAUCCCUGUAGCACUUCCCAUGUGAUGUAAAAGACAUGUAUACAUUGACAAAUUAAACUUGUGGUCAUCUUU